AUGGAUUCAACAGUUUCACCACUCCUCGCGCUCCCAGCAGAAAUCCGAAAUCAAAUCUACUCCUACGCCUUGGUCGAUGACCUGGAACAAUGCGUCCACGACAUGCCCCACGCCUGCAGUCUAUCCUCCAGCAAACGUGGUCAAGCCUUCCAGAUCCCAUCCUGGACGUACACAUGCCGUCAAUUCCGUCAAGAAGCCGGGAGUCUCUGGAUGUCGGAAGCAACGUUCAACUUUCACGCCAUUGCGCAUGUUACGAAGUGGUUAGGGAGCAUUAAUGUGAAGCAUCAAAGCGUCAUUCGGACUGUGAGGAAGUGGGUGCCCAUGCACCAAAGGGCAGGGGCGGAGAAAUUGUUGGUCGCGACUUGUAAAGCUUUGGAGGAAGGUGGAGCUAUAUUGGCGAGUGACGCGCUGAUGGUUGGAUAUUUCGAUGAUACGGAUCGUGCGAGUAGGGAGGAUGGAGGUGUGAGCUGGAUUAGAGGUGUUGGGGCGAAGGUUGCCGUGAAGACUGCGAGGAGGUUGAGUGUUACUGCGGCUGAAGCGGAGUAUUUGUAUCAUUGA